AUGAAUUCAGGUGAUCAGAAAGGUGGAGAUGACGUCGUGGCAUUUACUAAAGGUCGGGCAUCACAUGAACACCUAACACAUGGCGAAAUUCUAACAUUUGAUAAAACCAUAACAAACAUCAAUGCAUACUUUUCUGCUGAUGGUAAAUUUGUCUGCAGUACUCCCGGAUUGUACGCCUUCCAUUUUUACGCAGUUACCAAAAGCAACGAACACGUAUGGUUAGAACUCUACCGGAAUGACAAUUAUAUUGUUUCAAUUUACGGUAGAACCCCGAGUGACUAUGUAGAUGCUGGCAAUUCUGUGUUCUUAAAUCUCGAAAUGGACGAUACGGUUUUCAUAAAGGCACGUGACAACUACGAUAAUGUUAUUUUUGGAGCAGGAGAUCAAGUUUAUACUACUUUUACUGGUGUACUGCUGGCAGUAAGCGACAAUGAUGGAUUGGAUGCUUUCUCAGUUGGACUGAACCACUCCAUUGCCUUGACAACCAGUCAGCAUGUUUUAUACGAUAUAAUUAUAGCCAGUAGAGGUACUCCAACGUACGACAAAGGAACUGGAACAUUUACCGCGGCACAGUCAGGUCUAUACAUUUUUCAUUACCACGCAUUGGCCACUUCAGAUCAUGAAUUAUGGUUAGAUUUGUACUAUAACGACCAGUAUAUCAACUCAGCAUAUGGUAAAACACCGAACGAGUGGGCCGAUGCAGGUAACACCGCAAUUAUACACCUCCAUACAGGAGACAAAGUAUCGGUCAGAUCUAGAAGAGCAGGUGGAAUUUAUGGUGACAUUGGAACAAAUCAAACUUAUACAACAUUUUCUGGUUCUAUCCUGUCUCCGUCAACAGAUUAUCUUGAAAACGGCCAGGCGGAAGAGAUAGCUUUUUCUGUUGGACUGUCAGCUCAUCAUACACAAACACAGGGCCAUACAGUAAUAUUUGACAGAGUUUUCAUAAAUCAUGGCUUAGGGUAUGACACGAAAACGGGAAAAUUUACCGCGAAAUAUAGUGGCAUAUACGUCUUCCAUUUCCAUGCUUUAUCUCACUCAGAUAAGGCAAUUUGGAUUGAUCUUUACCACAAUUUCAUAUAUGUGAACUCUAUUUAUGGUCACGUUCCAUCUGGUUACGUCACCGGAAGUAAUUCUGCUUCCCUAGAGCUGCUACAAGGCGAUGAGGUAUUUCUUGACAUAAAAAGCCAUGACACAGCCUUAUAUGGAGUACCUACUCAAAUUUACUGUACAUUUUCAGGCUAUUUGUUGGCAUUAUUACCUCAGUACCAACCAAUCAUCGGUUGAUUCAAUAAAAAUUAAAAAUGAA